UUUCACGUACGCUGAGAGUUCAUGUGGCCAUCUUUAUCAUUUCCAUUUCAUUCAUUGUUAUAAAUAAAUAGUGCAGAUGAACUUGUUGUUGAGGUUAGGUUAUUGUCGUAAAUCGUAAAUAAAGAAAUACUAAAAAUGGAUUUACUCAGUGAGUUGUAUUACAAGAGUGCAGCUGAAAACGAGAAAAAUCAUCGCUUUUGGGAGAACUACUUACAAAACCUCAAGUCCUUAGAUUUUUCGGUCUACAGUGAUAAGUUGAAGGUUCCAACUCUGGUCCCUAUAGGAAGUAGGAUAUUGUUUAGAGGAGAAAUAAAACAUACGAAUGAAGUAACUGUUGCGCUUGGAGCCGAUUACUUCGUCAAGUGUUCUAUAAAACAAGCAGAAAUACUAAGGCAACACAGAAUAAAAGAUGCCCAAUCUAAACUGGACAUAUACAUCAAAGAGAAAGAAUAUUUGGAAAACCAAAUGUCAUUCACAAAGAAAUCCUUCCAAGACAAUCAAGGGAAGGAAAUAAUUGAGUAUUACAGCGAGGAAGAUGAUAAGUUAUGGAGACAGAAGCAUAGGGAAAAUGUUAGGAAAUAUAAACAAAACAAAAGUAAGGAUGAGAAGAAUGUCUCACAAGAUGUAACUGAUGAGGAAUUGUGGGAGAGAUUAGAAGAACUAGAACUUCAGGAGGAGCUAGAAAACGAAUUAACUGGCAAUGAUAUUUUCGACAAUCUAACUAUAACCAAAAUUAAAGAAAGUAACCAGUCAAACAAACAAUUUAUAGUCAAGAAUGAAGAUAUUAACAGUAAACCUGAAACUGAAAAGGAAAAGACAGAUCCAGAAAAACCAGUUACUGAGAGCAAGAAUAAAGCCAAGAAUGUCAGCUUUGAUGUGCCAACAACAAAACUUGACAUAUUACAGCAAGUUAUAGAUAAGCAAAAUGAAUUAGAAGAAAAGUUAUUUGAAUUGAAGAACAGAGAGAGAACUCAAAGUAAAAAUGAAAGUGAUUUGCUGUCAAGAUUAGAUGAACUAGAACAAUUGGAUGAACUUGAGGAUGAAAUGGACAGGCUUGAUGAUAUUAUAGAGAAUGAAGAUGUUGAUGAAGAAGAAGAAGAACAUAAUUCAAUAAGAACAAAAGCAGCACCAAUACAAAGGCGUGUCUCUUUUGUAGAUGAAGACGACAGUGAAACAAUAGAAAUUAACUUUGAUCACAGUCCAGUUGAACCUGAACAUGAAGCUUACAACCCAAACAAAGGGAUACAGAAACCCAGUGAUAUCUAUGAAGCACAUUCCAAUCUUAUCAGUGGACCAACAUCCAUUCUUAAAAAAUCUAAGUAUGAGUCAGUAGAUGACACACCUGAAAUAUCACCCCCUGAAAAGAAGGCUGUCCAAUUUGAUGUCCAAGAUACUGUAGAGCAAAGAACUAUAGUAGUAAAAGAUGUUGUAGAAAAAGUCAAACAAGACGAUCAUAAGUUGGAAACCAGUGCUAGGCCUACAAGUUUAUUUAAGAAAAAGAGAAUGCAAAAUAAAUCAUAGGUAAAAAUAAAAUAAACGAAUUGUAAUUGAAA